UGCAGCUCUGCAGGUCAUGGAUAACAGCGAUCCAUGCAGUGAGUGGGAGAGCAGCAUCCCCUCUUUGUGCCCAGAGCUGUGUGCCUUUACACAGUGUCUCCCCCCACACUGGGUGGCGGUGGCCCCCAGCCCCAUAUAGCACAGGGUACAGGCAGUGCUGACAGGUGACAGUGACACGCAGCAGGAGCUGCCAGCUCUUGCCCAAACUUGGAGUGGGAGGUGAGCUCUUCCCUGAGCCGUCUGGACUCUCUGAGCUCUUUUCUGUUAUUUUACCUCUAUUCAUUGGUCACUACGGAUCUGUAGCUGUGUGGGUUUACAGCUGAGAAGCCACAGCCUUGAGGAGCAGUUUGGCUGAGCACUUCAACCUGAUGGAGGAUCCCAUCCAGCUGAAGGAGGAAGGCAACAAAUAUUUUCAAGCCAGCGACUAUGAGAGAGCAGCUCAGAGCUACACACAGGCCAUGAAGCUCAACAAGGACAGGGCACUGCAGGCUGUGCUGUACCGCAACCGGGCUGCGUGCUACCUGAAAAAGGAGGAAUAUGCCAAGGCAGCCUCGGAUGCAUCUAGAGCUAUUGAUAUCAAUUCCUCGGAUAUCAAAGCUUUGUACCGGCGCAGCCAAGCUCUGGAAAAACUGGGAAAAUUGGACCAAGCAUUCAAAGAUGCUCAGAAAUGUGCUACCAUGGAGCCCCGCAACAAGAACUUCCAGGAGACCCUGAGGCGCCUGGGGGCUGACAUCCAGGAGAAGCUGCGCAUUCAGUUCUCCACGGACAUGCGGGUGCAGAAGAUGUUUGAAAUCCUGCUGGAUGAAAACAGUGAGAAAGAGAAGCGAGAGAAGGCUGCCAACAACCUCAUAGUCCUGGGCCGGGAGGAAGCGGGUGCUGAGAGGAUUUUCCAGAACAACGGGGUCAGUUUGCUGCUGCAGCUGAUAGAAACCAAAAAUGCUGAGCUGGUCCUGGCAGCCGUGAGGACACUUUCAGGCAUGUGCACAGGACAUAAAGCUCGGGCCACUGCCAUCCUCCAUUACCUGGGCAUCGACAACAUCUGCAUGUGGAUGUCGGUGGACAACGAGGAGAUCUCGCUGGCUGUCUGCAACCUCCUGCAGACCAUCACUGACUGCUUGCUGGGGCAGGGCAAGGAGGAGCACCAUGGCAAGGAGGAGGCUCUGGUGCUAGAUACUAAAAAAGACUUGAAGAUGAUCACGAUGCGUUUGCUGGAUAUGUUGGUCAGUAAGAAUGUAUCCGGGCAGGGACGAGACCGAGCUCUCAACCUCCUCAACAAGAACAUACCAAGGAAGGACCUGAAGGAGCAUGACAACAGCAGGACCAUUUUUGUCAUCGAUAAUGGCUUAAAAAAGAUACUGAAAGUGGUGGGCCAGAUUCCUGAGAUGCCUGGCUGUCUGCCGCUGACAGAGAACACCCAGCUGACUGCCUCCAUCCUCCUCAAUAAGCUCUAUGAUGACCUGCGCUGCGACCCUGAGCGUGACAACUACCGUGAGAUCUGCGAGGAGUACAUCAAGAGCAAAAUCGACCCACAGAACAUGGACAAGACGCUCCACGCCAUCCAGAUGGUGUCUGGAGUUCUGCAAGGGCCCUUUGACUUGGGCAACAAGCUACUUAGCAUGAAGGGGGUGAUGGAGAUGAUGGUUGCCCUGUGUGGGUCCGAGAGGGAGAUUGACCAGCUGGUGGCUGUGGAAGCCCUCAUCCACGCUUCCACCAAGCUGAGCCGGGCCACCUUCAUCAUCUCUAAUGGAAUAACACUCCUGAAGGACAUCUACAAGAAGACCAAGAAUGAGAAGAUCAAAAUCCGAGCCCUAGUGGGUCUCUGCAAGCUGGGCUCAGCAGGAGGGACAGAUUAUGGGCUGCGGCAGUUUGCUGAGGGCUCCACAGAGAAGCUUGCCAAGCAGUGCCGAAAGUGGUUGUGCAACACCAGCAUAGAUGCCCGUACCAGGAAAUGGGCUGUGGAAGGACUGGCAUAUCUGACCCUUGAUGCAGAUGUGAAAGAUGACUUUGUGGAAGAUGAGCAAGCCCUGCAAGCCAUGUUUGAGUUAGCCAAGACAAGUGACAAGACUAUCCUGUAUUCUGUGGCUUCUGCGCUGGUGAACUGCACCAACAGCUACGAUACGAAGGAGCUGGUCCCAGAGCUGGUGCAACUGGCCAAAUUCUCCAAGCAGCACGUGCCUGAGGAGCAUCCCAAGGACAAGAAGGAUUUUGUUGUGAAGCGAGUGAAGCGGCUGCUGAAAGCCGGCGUCGUCUCAGCCUUGGCCUGCAUGGUGAAAGCUGACAGUGCCAUACUGACAGACCAGAGCAAGGAGCUCAUCGCCAGGGUGUUCCUUGCGUUAUGUGAUGACCCCAAGGACCGUGGGACCAUUGUCGCUCAAGGUGGUGGAAAGGCCCUGAUUCCUCUGGCUGUGGAAGGCACAGACGUUGGCAAGAUAAAAGCUUCUCACGCUCUGGCAAAAAUUGCUGCUAUCUCCAAUCCAGACAUGGCGUUCCCAGGAGAGAGGGUGUACGAAGUGGUGAGGCCACUCAUCAGCUUGCUGAACACUGAGAGAGAUGGCCUCCAGAACUAUGAGGCUCUCCUGGGGCUCACUAAUUUCUCAGGAAGAAGUGAUAAACUAAGGAUGAAAAUAGUCAAAGAAGGAGCAUUGCCAGACAUUGAAAACUAUAUGUUUGAGAACCACGACCAACUCCGACAGGCAGCCACAGAAUGCAUGUGCAACCUGGUGGUCAGCAAGGAGGUUCAAGAGCGGUUUGUGGCUGAUGGAAACGACCGGCUGAAGCUGGUGGUGUUACUGUGCAGUGAGGAUGAUGAGAAGGUCCAGAAAGCAGCAGCAGGAGCCCUGGCCAUGCUUACAGCGGCACAAAAGAAACUCUGCUCAAAGAUGACUGAAGUGACCACCCAGUGGCUUGAAAUCCUGCAGAGGCUCUGCUUGCAUGAUAACAUGGAAGUGCAGCAUCGUGGACUGGUCAUCGCUUUCAAUUUAAUCAGUGCCAGCAAAGAGCUGGCACAGAAACUGGUGGAGUCAGAGCUCCUGGAGAUCCUGACAUUCGUUGGCAAGCAAGAAGAUGACCCCAAGAAGCAGCACGUCAUUAAUGCAGCACGUGAUUGUCUCACAAAGUGCAUGGAUUACGGGCUGAUCAAACCUCUCUCUCGAGCAUGAGGAAAUGGAAAGUACCAAAAAAGGGCUGGGUGAGGAAAAAAUCCUACUGAGAAAUGUGAAGGACAGAGCCACGAAGAAAACUCAACCCCAUUGCCAUGGCAAGGAAUAGAGUUUGAAGAGCUUUGGUGUUUGGAAAAGGGGGUGUUUGCAUCAGAAGUUUAGGAAGGGCCCAUCUGAGCUUUGGGUGCAAACCCAUUCAUUGCCCCCAUUCAGCUGACAGUGCUUGAAGUUUCAGCCGUACAAAGAAUUGGUCUUUUAGGGGAUGUUCUAUGGGCUGCAGAACGGAAAAUCAGCUGAAAUGAGAUCAGUUCUGCAAGCACUCACAGCUCCUGGUUCAACGACAGCACCAGGUUUAAUUGCUUCCCAUCCCAUGGUCAGAAAAUAAAUGGUGUGCUUUUAUUUGUUGUUGUUCAUUUUGGAUGUUUUUAAAUGGCAAUGUGCAAAUUUUAAAGCAAUGUGCCAGUGUGAGAGGGUGCGGGAUGAGCUCUUAAUAAAUGCACCACGUAGAA